AGCGACGAGUGGUUCUUCCCCUGGGGAGAGUCCAGAGCUGUCAUGGAAAUCCUGGCCAGGGGCUAUAUAAUGCUGAGGUACAGGCAGGUAGCACUCAGCAGCACCAAACCAGCAAGAGCUACUGGUUCUUGGAGCUGACAGCCACCCAGAUUGGACAUGAAGGUCUUCUCCUUGGCUAUGGUCACUCUGCUGCUCGCUGCUGUCUGGACUGAGAGCUGGGGCAAGUCCUUCCGCAGCCCCUACAGCUCCUGCUGCUACAAGAACAUGUUCAUCAAGAAGGAAAUCAAUACCUCACUCAUCAACAGCUAUCGGGAAACACCCCCAAACUGCUCCCGCAGAGCCAUUAUCGUGGAGCUGAAGAAGGGGAAGAAGUUCUGUGUGGACCCUGCAGAGGGCUGGGUUCAGCAGUACCUGCAGAGAAAGAAGCUGAGCAACACCUCAACGUGAGCUGCCACCAACACCAGCUCUAUUUCUUUGUACCCUACCGUUACCUGUCAGUGCCUGAGGUGUCUCGUUAACUUAUGGAGCCAGCUCUGCCUCAUCCCCAUCUGUCCCACUUCACACUACUGUACAGCCCUACUGGGAUUUAAUAAAGCUACUUGCUCUGACCUGCACCUGUGUGGCUGGAGUGAGAUACGAAUCCGGCACUGGGAAAGAGGGGUUGUGGUGGGCAAGGCAUCAGGGGACGUGAAACCAGAAUGGGGAGGGUAAAGAAGAAGGCUGGUCCUGUGUGUCCCCAGACCAAGUAGACCCUGCCUGGUUGCGGGGUGAAGGAUGCUCUGCACAGAUGUUCACUCCAUGGGAUGGAGAUUUGGGCUGAUGUCAGUUGGCAAUGGAGAAAUUUUGGGUUUCAGGGGAUUCACUGCAGGGUUGGUGCAGAGCAGCAGGGUGGAUGUCACAAGGCUUCAGGCUCUGACCAGUCCCCACUGGGCACUAAAAUGGAAUCUGAAAGCAGUGGUCCAGAGGCAACCACUUCCCCUUUUGCAGCUUUAUUUCUCCACUUAAGCAAAAC